GCUGAGAAACUGCCAAGAUGUCAGAGAGCGAGGCAACUGCGGGAGUGGACGCCGCUACCGUAGAAGGCGAAAAAGUGAAGGCGAUAAACGGCGUGAAGGAAGUGGAGCAAGAGACGGAGGUCAGAUUGCAGAACGGGGACUCCGAGAAGCCGCAGAUAAACGGAGAUGUGGCCAAGGAGGAAGAAACAGUGAACGAAGUGGAACAGAAUGGGGACAGUAAAGUAAACGAUCACAUGGAGGAGAUGGAGGAUGAUAAGGAAAAGAAAGAGGGGGAUAGAGAAAAGGAGAAGAAAGUGGAGGAGGAGGAGGAGAUGGAGGUAGAUAAGAAAGAGGAGGUGGAGGAGGAGGAGGAGGAAGAAGAGGAGGAGGAGGAGGAGGAGGAGGAGGAGGUGGUAAAGGAGGAGAAGAAAGAGGAAGGACAGACCAAAGAGGCUGAUGGAAAGAAAGAGGUGGAAGGGAGUGAAGGGAAGAAAGAGUCACAGAAGGAAGAUAAGAAAGAGGGUGGGGAGAGGCAGACGAAGAAGAGUGUGAAGGAUGGCAAGGAGGAGGAGGAGGAUGAGGAGGAGGAAGAGGAGGAGGAGGCUAUGGAGGUGGACAAAGACAGUGAGGUGAGCAAAGACAAAGCCGAGGAAAAGUCGGCGGACAAGGACAAGAAAGAGAAAGAGGGAGAGCAGGAGGAGGAGAAGGAGAAAGAGAAGGGAGAGGGAAAGAGUGAUGUGAGUGCGGACAAGAAGAAAGAACCCAGCAAAAGUGACAGCAAGGGUGGUGGGGGUGGCGGGGGGGUUAGUGGCAGUAGCAACAAGGAGAAUGCCAAAGAGGUGGUCAGCAAGAAGGACUCCAAGAAGGACAAGAGUGCCAAGGAGGUGGAGGAGGUGAAGGAAGAGCCCCAUGCCACGCGGCAACUGCGGGUCCGCAAGACCCCCAAGAAGUACACGGAGGACGAUGAUGACGUCAAGAUCACUGAGGAGGUGAUCAAGGAUGACAGCAGCGACAUUGAGAUGAUCGAAGAGAGCGAUCCCCUCGCUAUCAGCGACGCCGAUGUCAAGAAGGCCCAACAGAAGGACAAGAAGGAGAAAGGAAGCUACAUUCCCCUUGCCUCAAAAAACCAAAACAAAAAAACAGCAGGACGAGAGAGAGAGAUUUCGAAUAUGCAUCUAACUCAUCAUGGACGUGACAAUAAAGCCUCGCCUCCCUCCCUGCAGGUCAAGAAGGACCCUAACGUAAUCAUCAUCGACACCAACACUCUGCUGAAGAACCAGGGUAACCUGGCGGCUGCCGUGGCCCAGUCCACGAGCACGCCGGUGUCCACUGUGACCCAGACCUCAUCGCCCCACACCCCCACAGUGUCCAAUGUCAAUAUCCAGACGGCCAUUCAGGCCAUCACUGGGGGGGUGCCGGCACAGGGCUUACAGUCGGCCUACAUCACAGCCCUCCAGCAGGUGCUGUUGGCUCAGGGCGGGCAGGUCCCUAUGAACUCGCAGCAUCUGGCUCAGCUCCAGCAAUAUUACAACAGUUUAGGUCAUUUGCAGGACGACGCUUACGUGAUUGAGGCGCCUUCAUUUAUUGUGCCCUACGUCAUGGAGGGGAAACCGAAGGAACCAAUCCAAAAAUUCCUCAAGAGGAUUAACAAAGAUCUGGAGGAGUUUGAGAGGAAGAAGAAAGAAGAGGAGGCGAAGAAGAAAGCAGAAGAAGAGAAGAAGAAAAAGGAAGAGGAGAAGGCAGAGAAGGAGAAGCUGAAGGCAGAAGAGGGUGUGAAGGAGGAGGAAGACGAAGAGAAGGAGAGUGAAAAGGACACAGAGGACAAGAAGCCAAAGGAGGAAGAAAAGGCAAAAGAUCAGACAAAAGAGGAGAAGGAGGACGAAAAGGAGAAGGAGGAGGGGCCCGCAAAAGCAGAGGUGAAAGAAGAGAAAGCCAAAGAGGAGAAGGAGAACGCACAAAAGCACGACGAGAACAAGGAGAACAAGAGCAAGGAAGAAGAUGUGAAGGAGAAGGAGAAAGAGGAGAAAAAGGAGGAGAAAAAGGAGGAGAAGAAGGAGGAGAAGAAGGAGGAAGAUCUAAGCUAUCUGGGAAAGUGGGAGCCCUACUACCGCAGCUCCCUCGGCAAGUUCUUCCUGGACCUCGGCCUCAACCAGGCACAGGAAUUCCUCCAGUCUGACCUCCUCAGAAUGCAAAAGAAGAAGCUAGAGAAGAUGAAGACAUCUCCGUCCAAGGAAGGCAUUCUGUCCGUGAAGUUGUUAGAGAAGCAGCUGGGCAUCACCCGUGAGAAGAACGCGCACUUACACCUGCCGCUCAAGACCUGCAAGUUCUGCAACUUUAAGACGGAGAGUGAAAUGGUGAUGGACCGACACUUGGAGUCUCCCCACAUGGUCAACUACACAUACAAGUGCAACUUCUGCGAAUUUGAGACCCGCGGACCUCAGGUAAUCUUGUUCCACAUGGAAGCGGAACACAACGUAAGGGGCCGCCUGGAGCGCGCCCCGGCCUUCUUCCAGUGCUCACUCUGCCCGUACGAGGACAACAACAAAUCCAAGAUGACACGCCACUCCUUCUCAUGCAGCAAGAAGUACAAGCCCGAGAAGAACUGCGAACUCAUAGACUGGGAACCUCCGGCCAAGAUUCCCAAGUCCUACAGGAUACUAACAACCCCCCAUGGACAGGUACACCGUGGGCGCCCCAACACGUUAGGCAAGGCUUUCGAGCCAGUCAAGAUGCCUAACCUUUUGCCCAAGGGCCUAUCAGGCAUGAACCUCAACCUCCAAACGGCCGUCGCCUCAAACAUCCUCACGUCAGCGUCAGCAGCGGCGGCAGCAGCUGCGGGACGGGGGCGAGGGCGACCCGUGGGCUCGUACAAAAACACAGGCCAGUCGCCCAACCAAGGGCGAGUCGGGACGGCAGGGAAUGCCGGGUCACUCCUAUAUCAGGCGCGAGGAGUGACGACGACAGCUGGCAACCUGGUACAGCAGGUGGCAGGAAACACACAACAAUUCACACUCGGCAACCAGAUGUUCCACCUUGUCAAUGGGCACCUGGUCCCCAUGUCUGGCGCCGCUUCCUCAGUCAGCAGUGUUUCCGUAUCUUCACAGUCGGCAGCGCGAGUCCCUCGAAUCUUACCGUCCUCUUCAACUUCGCCAGUCAGCCUCAUUCCUGGACUGGCCGCCUCCUCCUCCAUCACCAUACAGAGUGUACAAAGCAAGGCUGGGAACACGAAGUCUCCACAGCAACCCAGCAUAUCCAUCACGCCCCUCCCACGGGCCGGGCAGCAGGCCCAGAGCGUGAGCAAGGGAGCCACCCCAACGCGCGACUCCAGCGGGAAACCGUCCUUUGUCAUAUGCGAGAUCUGUGAUGGUUAUAUUAAGGACCUGGAGCAGUUACGGAACCACAUGAACCUGAUCCACAAGGUGAAAAUCCACCCCAAGAUGAUUUACAACCGCCCCCCGCUCAACUGCCAGAAGUGCCAGCACCGAUUCUUCACCGAUCAGGGUUUGGAGCGGCAUCUUCUGGGAACCCAUGGGCUGGUCACGUCAUCCAUGCAGGAAGCCGCAAACAAGGGCAAGGAUGCAGGCCGGUGUCCCAUCUGCGGAAAGGUGUUCCAGUGGAAGCUCCUCAACCACGUGAGCAGAGACCACAAGAUGACUCUCAAACCUGCACACCUGUCCUACAAGUGCACAGUGUGUACCGCGACGUUCAACAUGUACCGGCUGUUUGAGAAUCACGUGUACUCUGCCCACUCGGUGGUCAACAAAAAUAAGGGGGAGAGCGGCAAGAAACAGAGCAGUGAGAGGGAGGAGGAAGAGAGCAAAAGGGAAGAGGAAGGAAGGAAGAAAGGUUCAGGGUCCACUGAGUCUCCGCUAAAAAUCAAUGACGAGAUCACCAUUAUUCCGCAGCCUGCAUCCAAAAACACCAAACCAGACAAGCCAGCGCCUACAAAGAAGGGAGAAAGCACGCAGCCAACAGUAAGUAAGGAGAUCACAAUCACCAAAGUGGGCUCCCGACCCACGCGGCGCAGCGGGGGCAGCAGUGUGGAGGUGAUCAGCCUAGACGAGUCGCCAACCAAGAAUGACGCGGCGAAGAAGCGCUCCAGCAAGGACAACCUCUCCAGCAACCCCAAGAGGGCACGAACCAGUAGCUAAUUAAUGGCAGUGGUGUUGGUGAAGUGCGAAAAGGGGCCAGUCAGUCCCCUUUUUUUGAGAAAGUGCGAAAUGCGAGUGAGGAGAGAAGGAAAGGAAAUAGAGAGGUAGAGAGAGAGAGAGAUUUAUAUAUACAUAUAUACAUAUACAUAUACAAGUGGUGAUGAGUGACAGAAAGAAAGUGCUCAGAGUUAGUUUUUUCUCUCUUUUUUUUUUCUUUUUUUUUCCAUUAUUAUUAUUAUCAUCAUUAUUAUAUAAUCUCUCAUCUCUCUUCUCUUGUCCCUCACUCUGCUUUCAAAAUAAAAUAAAAUAAACAAUGACGAGCCAGUGGUUUGUUGGUUUGUGCUUGUGCGUGUAUAAUAUGGAGAGCUCUUAGGGGGUGAAAUAUAUGCGAAAUGAGUGACGAGAAAGAGAUCAUAACAAUGAAUGGGAAAAUGAGAAAAAGAUCAUUGUAGAGGAUGAGGGAAAGCUACAUUAUAGACCCCUAGAGGCAGGUGGAUCGAGAGGGGUGUGCCACUGUGACUUCUGACUAAUGUAUAUUUAAAGAAAAAGAAAAACUCCAAAAAAAAAAACACAAAAAAAAAUACAAAAAAAAAAAAACGAAAACGAAAAAAAAAAAGAAGUAAUAUUUAUAAAAGUGCUGGUGUGAGAAUACAGGUAUUGCUACAGACAGGAGAAAAAAAAAGUUUUGGUUGGCUGAUACUGCCUUCUCGUUCUUGCUUCAAAGUGCGUUUACUUUAUACAAUAUAUUGUAUUUACUUCACACAGUUUUCACUGGGGAGAGAAACUAUGGUUGGAGAGGCCACUUUUAAAAAAAAUAAUAAGCAAACAAAAACAUGUAGAACUCCAGAGGAAAGGAAAAAUUAAAGGAAAAAAGCUCUCGUGUAAGUAGAAUUUGGCCCCCUCCCCCCCCCACAGAAGGGUCAGCCAAAAAAAAAAAAAUAAGUUCGAGGUGCUUUGGCCCAGUGCUGCAAUUGUUGCCUCUUGCGAGCUCAGAUGCUUGCAGGCAGGCAUGCAUGCAACCAGAGGAAGGAAGGGUCCAUGCUGUAUACGUAUAGCAUUUCUUGGGAUUUUAUUAUUAUUAUUAUUAUUGAUAAUAUAUAUAUUUUUUCCUCCUUUCCUUUUUUUUAUAUCUUGUUCUUCAAUAGAGAAGCCAUGUUACGUUUGUGAGGGGGUUUAGUUGGCCAGUGCCUAAUCAUGCAAGCCGCUCCCCUCCUCCAUCCCUUCUCACCCCCUACCCCCUCCUUUCACCCUGAAACAGAGAUAUAGUAUGAUUUAUUUUUGUUCAUAGAGUUGGAAAGACUUUUUCACCUCUCUCGGUUCUUGUAAUUUUUUUUUUCUUUUUUUUUUUGUGAUUUCCGUAGAAUGGUGGAGCAACUGGGCUGGAUUGAGGAGUGUGCAUUACCUCAUUUGUUUACCAAAGUAUAGCACAAAGUUGACAAAUAAAGUUUAGCGGGUGACACCAGAAAAAAAAAAAAGAAUCCUUUCUCUCUCUCUCUCUCUCUUUUCCUUUUUGUUCUCUUCAACUCUUUCAUUCCCUUUCCCUACUCCCUCCUUCCUAAUGUCCUUCAGCCUCCUUUCCUUGUCUCCGAUGCUCUCGUCUCACUACACUCUUUCCAUCGUUUUUAACUUUUUGUAAAAUAUUCAUUCCAUUUUGGGUUAUGCUUCUUCCCACCAUUUCCCUCCCCUCUUCCCUUCCUCCCUUUUCCUUAGUCUCUAUCAAGUCAACCUCUCACCUGAAUAUUUGUCUGUCUCCUAAUGACGAGCGUGGGGCUAUUUUCGUGCUGAGAGAGAGAGCCCUUAGGAGUGUGGAGGUAGAGGGGGAGGGGGGCAGAGGUUAAGGGUGGGGAGGGCAUAACCUGGCUUCUGGUGGGAGGUGGUGGCAGACAGCAGAGGGCGUGUGUGCGUCGACCUCCCUUCUGCCCGUCCUCCGCCGGAUGGUUGUCGGGAGGUCGCCAGGGGUCGUCUCCAGCCGCUUGGACAAUGCGUUGCCGUCUUGUGUUAUGUGCCUAGUCAGAUCUGGGUGGAUCCUUCGCCUUUCCUUCUCCGUACAGUAUCGGUAGGACAUCGUUGAACACGCCAGUUGUUUUCCUCUCUCACACACACACAUACUUACACAGGUAUGCAAUGUAGAUCGUGUAUGCUAUAUUUAGCAUUGAUUGCUGCAGUAUUUCACUUAGUUUGUUAGUGUUCAGGAGCAGUUCAGAGGCAGGUUUUACAUUGCAUUGCUGGCUUUGCCUUGGUUUGUUGUACAGUAUGUGGUGAGGUUGAAACAUUUUCAGCUUCAUAUUUAUUAUUAUUAUCAUUAUUAUUAUUAUUAUUAUUAUUAUUAUGACCAUUGUUGUUAUUAUUAUGGCCAUUAUUAUUGUUAUCAUCAUUUGAUUAUGAUCGACAUUACUUGAUUAUUAUUGGCUCCUUUUCAUGUUUGGUGCGGCAAUACUUUCUUGGUUUAGGACACAUUAGUAAAGUUACAGAGGAUAGUACCUACACAACAUGCUCUUGAGUUUGCCCAAGUUCAGUGUGGGGGAACUGUGGAUAGUGUUUGCAGGUGGUGUCAGCGUUGGCACUUGGGGUAGAAGGUGAGGAGUGUAAAAAGGGUUAGUUUGUGCUGACGUUCAUAUGUUACCAGUUUGUCAUCAUUUCUUUUCAUCUUUAUCUGAUUUGCAGCAACUUUCAAAACAAAAUGAGAAAGGAAUUAAACCACGUAUUCCGUUUUAUUUUGCUUUGGUUUCUGUUAUUUUCUUUUUCUUUUUUUUUAUUCUAUUUGUUUUUCUUUCCUGUCUCACACUUAUUCUCUUCCAGCUAUUCUCUAUCUCAUUAUCAAAAACCUAGAAGCGUAAUGGGACACAUGGCAACAAACAGUAACAGAUCAAUCCGUACUUCUCACCAUGAGGAUCUCUCGAGAGGGUGAAAGCUGCACGUCCUAUUACUGUGUCCCCUUCCUCCCCUCCCCUGCCACCCCUUUCCCUCAUUUCUCUUUUCCCCCUACCCCCAUUACCACCCCCCACCCUCUUUAGAGCAACAGCUAUAGCAGCAGUAGUAGCAGCAAUGUCCUUGUUGUUGUUAUUGUUGCUUGGCAGUUGUUCAGAGCCAUUCCUCCCCUCAGUCCCCCUUCCCUCUCCCCCAAGCAUGGCCACCUCCUCGUCCUCCUCACACCUGGAUGUCUCAUCGUACAUAUUUUGGAUGUUACACACAAAUAACUUAGGUGUUAGCCACUAGAUGGUGUACAUUUUCCCCCUGAAUAGUCGAAAUAUGUGAAUGAUGGUGUGUGGCGUCAUGGCCUGUAUUACACUCUUGGUCACUCGGUCUCUGCGUCUGCCGCGCUUCUCUCGGGCCUUUAGAUGUCCUUCCUUUAUUUCAUUCUUCUCUCUCCCUGCUUCUCUCCCUUCUAGCUCAUUUCUUGGCAUAUCCUAACCCAUAAGACAUUCAGAUGGCCUGAUUUGACCCACGACUCCCCUUUUUUCUCUUUCUCUCUUUUCCUUUUCUCUCCUCUCACUCCACUUCUCUCAGAAACAGUCAGUAUUACAUGCUGCACUCUCUUGCCCUUCCACUGGCUACUACCCCUAACCACCCACACAGCCUCACGGUCCCCUUCCACACACCUCCGUUCCACCACCCGUCGACCAAGGCAGAGACAAAGACCGGGGGGAUUUCAGUGUAAUAUUGCCCCAUGGGAAAAUCCCUCUACAUUGUGACUCAUAAAAAAGUAUGAUCUAGGUAUAAUAUUUCAGUUUCUGUACACAAUGCAUUGGAUGUAAAAUGCUGGUAGGUAGUGUUUUAUUUAAUUUUUCUUUAUGGAAGUGUUAAAUGUUGUAGCUAUGUACACUUUUUUUAGGUGUAAUACACCAAUAAAAAUAUUAUUUAGA